UGACAAAUGACAGUUAAGUUAGUUAAUUUUUUUUAUUUUAUUACAGUAAUAAUAAACAUAAAUAAAUUAAAUCAACGAACCCCGUGUUACAGUUAAACAUUUAAACUGUAUUGAAACAAGUUAUUUGAUUUGUAACAUUACGUUCCUAAAAUGGGCGAUGGAAAUUGCUCGAAUUGUGCCGGCACAAUUCCGUUCGAAUUGCGAGAAAUGAUAGCGAGAAAUCUCAGCAAAUUCGACGGCAAUCCGGAGGAAUGGUUGUUUUUCAAGCACGAAUUCACGAGACGCAUCCACGACGAGCCGUCCUACACACCGAUCGAGAAGUAUUGUUUCCUAUUGAAGUCCCUCGAAGGGGAGGCUUUACGGUCUGUUGAGUACACAACAAAUUACGAGGAGGCUUGGAAUUCGUUGUUAAUGCGUUACGACAACAAAGGUUUGCUCACCAAUAUACAUUUGAAAGCUAUACUGCACGAUCUGCCCCACAUGCCGGAACCGUCUCCAGAAGGCUUGCGUCAUAUAAUCAACGAAAUCCGUAAAAACAGAAGUUGCCUGAAUAUCCUCGGUUAUCCGGUCGACCACUGGGAUACUAUUUUUAUUUUUGCAGUGUGUUCGAGGCUGGAUAGCGAGACGCACAGGGACUGGCGGUGGCAGAAUAUCAGAGACAAGAAAUCCGAUCCGACCAUCGACGAUUUGAUCGAUUUUUUGCAAAAUAGGGAGCGCCUCUUAGAGGACCUGAGACUGCACGAAAGGAUCGACGUGCCGGAGAUCAUUUGCCCCGUUUGCGGGGACGAUCACUUGGUCUACAGCUGCCCUGAAUUCCUCGAGCUGGAUCCGAGGCAGAGAUUCAGGGAGAUAAAGCGGGUGCAGGUGUGCAGUAAUUGCCUCGGGAACGACCACGAAACCAAGGAUUGCUCAUCGGGUGGCUGCCACAAGUGUGGUCGAAGGCACCACACUUUGUUACAUUUCAGUUAAGCUUUCUAUCAUUUUUCUCUGAACCCCGUUUUACAAAUAUGAUUAUCUUGAAUAUUAAUA